AUGCCCAACACCGGCAGGCCAAGCUUGGACUGCCACCUCUGCCGACAGAGGCGCGUCAAGUGCGACCUGGCCAGGCCGGCCUGCCAGCGAUGCACCAAGUACGGCGCUGUGUGCCCCGGCUACCGGGACCAGCAGGCGCUCGUGUUCCGCAACGCCGACCCGUCCACGCUCAAGCGGCGGCACGGAAAGAAGCGGAACGCAGUCGGGGCGUCGGCCGCCUCUUCGUCGUCUGAAGCCUCCGCCGCCGCCGAGACCAGCGGGGUGCUCGUCACGCGCCCCGGCUUCGUUGAUGCUCCUCCGCUCAUGACGCUCGGGCGGCAGGUCACCGAGCACUGGACGGCGCAGUCGGUGCCGCUGCUGCUCGACGUCUACUCGACCAUGGACUUCCUGCGCGCUGCCUACGCGACCGCCAGCCGCGGCGGGCCGCUCCUCUGGGCGGCGCACGUCUUCGCUGGCACCUACGUGACCAACGUGCGGUAUCCGACCGAGGUGGCCUGCGCCCGCCGCGCCGAGUCCCGCCGCGAGCUGGCCGUGUACAUGGGCAAGGCACUGCGGGCCGUGAACCGUGCGCUGGCGGCGCCCGGCGGUGCCUGCCGUGACGACAUCCUCGCGGCUGUCUGGGUGCUCGCCAACCACGAGGUGCUCGCCGGCACGCUUGGCCGGCAGCAGCCGGUCAACGCGUGGCAGCUGCACGCGCGUGGGCUCUACGUCAUCCUACAGGCCCGGGGCAGCGCGCCGCUGCGCACCGCCGCGGGCCGAACCGCCUUCUGGCCCGCGUUCAACAUUGUCCAGCUGCAAGCGCUCAUCCUUAACACGGCGUGCCCGGCGGAGACGGACGAGUGGCUAGGCAUCUGCGAGAGCGGCCUGUUCGAGGGCGAGGAGCUGACGCUGCGCAUCGCACAGUACGUUGCGCGCGUCUGCGACGUGCAGUCGCGUGUCAUGCGGCACCUCCGCGGCGCCGACUUCCGCGGCGCCUCGGACGACUACCUCGAUCUGCGGCAGGCCCUACUCGACGCCGACGAGACCUUUGCCGAGUACCUGCGGAACGCUGUGCCGCCGGCGCCGGAAGCGUGCUGCCAUCAGCACCCGAACAAGACCAUGGACGUGUACAUGCGCAACGUCCGCUGCGCGGCCGUCAUCAGGAGCCACCACCAGAUGCAGAUGCUGUGCAACCUGCUGACGCACUACGCGCCGUGUCCUGUGUCGCUCGACGAGCUGCUCGCGCACCGCCGCAGCUCGCUGCAGCGCGUCAACGAGAGCGCCCAGGCCGUCAUCGACAGCCUGCCCGCCGCCAUGGCGCCGCUGAUGCGCACCACGGUGCUCAAGAGCCCGCACGUGCUCUUCGACGCCAUGAAGCUCGUCUUCCCGCUCUUCCUCGUCGCCCACGUGCCGUCCACCCCCCAGGAGCACAAGGACGUCGCCCUGCGCGCGCUCGUCUUCAUCGGCAAGGAGGUCGGCAUCCGCCAAGCGCUCAUGGGGGACGGACCGACCAUGCCGCUCCCAGCCGAGGCGCGGGUGCCGUUCACCAUGGAUCUGAUGGCCGAGCCGCCAUGGGUGUCCACGCCGCCGCGCGACUAUACAGUACUGGGAUUUUGA